AUUUUGUUAUCACCAGUUCGUGCUCUCAAUAUGUGUGAACAUUGGUAUAUCUUCCCCCCUCUCUAUAAUAUUUGAUAGGUGCUAAAGCUCUCUUUUAUCUUUUUAACUCUUUCCUCUCGCUAUUUUGACUGUUACUCUCGUUUAGUCAUUCAUUAAGGCACAUGCUGUGGUUGAUGUGGUUGCUGUGGCUGUGGUUGUGGUCAUGUGUGGUGAUUGUGGUUAUAUUUGAUAAUAACGGUUCAAUAAUGUGCUUUCCUCGGUUGAAAAGACAACAUUAAUCCCUGAACGACAUUAAACUCCUCCUCUGAUAGCGCGUCAAAAGCAACUGACAAUCAGGAAAUUUUGAAGAUUCCUUUUCCGCUGAAAAAUGAGUGGCAAAUUUAAAUCAUUACUCCAAAAAGGGACAUUGAAAUCCCUGGAUACAAAUUACUUUGCAUCGAUUGGUGGUGGGAUGCGGUUAUUUUCACAAGUUGGAUUCAUCGGACUGGGCAAUAUGGGCGGUCCAAUGGCAAAAAAUUUAGUAAAAAAGGAUUUCAAAGUUACAGUUUUUGAUACGGAUGCGAAGAAGAGGACAGCCUUGGUGGCUGACGGUGCUCAUGAAUCGAAUUCCUUGAAAGAAGUUUGCGAAAACGCCGAGUGUAUUGUGACCAUGCUCCCGGCUAACCAGCAUGUUCUGGACGCAUACACCGCAUCGGAUGGUAUUUUGAAGAGUGUUCCUCGCGGCUGUACUUUAAUAGAUUGUAGCACGAUUGAUUAUCAGAUCCCGAAAAAAUUGGCCGCUUUGGCGAAGGACAUGGAGGUGAAUUUUAUAGAGGCUCCUGUAUCUGGUGAUUAGGUUUGGACGCUAAGAAGUUGGCAGCCGUGAUCAACACAAGCUCUGGAGAGUGUUGGUCGUCGAGAGUUUACAAUCCUGUUCCUGGAGUCAUUGAUGGAGUGCCCAGCAGUAAAAAUUACGAGGGUGGAUUCAGCGUGACUUUGAUGGUGAAAGACUUGGGUCUAGCUGAAAAUGCAGCCUCUGACAAAGGAGUGAAAUUGCCUUUAGGGGAUCAAGUCACAAGCCUGUACAGGCAUCUGCACGAGAAUGGCUUCUCAGGAAAAGAUUUCUCUGUGAUUUAUAAGUAUCUUGAAUCAUUGGCGGCUAAACACUAAAACUCUUCGAAGAAAGUUGGAAACUUGCGAAUUGUUGUGUUGGCAACACUCACAUUUAAUUCCUGACAUUACUGUAGGGGAAGCUUCAGGAUUAUGGAAUUUGAGGAAAAUUAUGAUAAAGUUAGAAGUUCAAUUUCCAAAAAAUGACUUGCACAAUAACCAACCGAACUGAACUUGUAGAAAUGAACUAAACUACAUUAAGGCAUAGCAGAGAAAGAGACAGACGUUUCAAUAAGGUUUCUUCUCCGUUGAGACUUACAUAAUAGUAAAAAAUGAACUUUAUGCCAAUUUCCAGGACCCCGGAAACUUGUAUUCGGCUUUUAUGCAAACCUUUGUGAUCAAAUAGUCAGAACAUGUUUUUAUAACUAAGUAAAUGUCUCAUCAUACUCACACUGUA